AGUCGAGUGCUUUAAGUUCGACCUUCCCGGACGCAUACUGAUUUCGGCUACACGCCAGGAACUUUCUCGCUCAACUAUGAAAGGAGGGAAAACACAAUCUCUACACCACCACAGUUUCAUUUGGCAGUUGGAAAUUGAUGAAAGAAACAGAUUACUAUAUUUUGCAGAUCUGCAAGGGAUGUUUGUGAUUGAUUACGAUGGCAAAGGUCUCAAGAAAAUACAUAAUAGACAACCUGGAGACAUUUUUUACAAUGAAGCCGAAAAACGACUCUAUUGGCUCGACCAAGACACUAUUAUAAGCCAGAAGCAAGAUCCACUGGGUGACCAACAUGCUAUUCAGAAGAUUGACAAAGAAACCUUCUCUCUCACCAUUCACAACCAAAUUCUUUAUCUCAACGAAUAUGCUGAGAGAGGGUUCACUCUCAUGACAUUGGAGGGAGAGAGGCUGCCUUCACUUGCAACAGAUGUUCUACCCACAGAUGAUGAUGCUUAUCUUGCCUUUCUUUAGUAACUGUUGUAAAAAGCAGCCUUUGUUUGUAUCCCAAGCACAGCCAGUGACAUCUGGUUUUGAUCUGUAGACUUUUGUACUUCGGCGAAAACAUCAACCAUGUCCCACAGUUCAACAAAAGUUAUUUGUCGAUCAGUAUUUGAAAUGCCAACAUUUGUUCAUCCAUUGCAAAUUGAGAGUUAAUAGCUUGAACAUAUACAUCGUGUAUCGCAAGGUUUAGAUUUAUCCUAUGUUUCAUACGCUCCUAAAUGUUUCUAUCAAUGAUUCGGUAACAUAACUGUAUGAUAUUGCCAGCAUUCGCUCGUUUGUGUGCAGCAACCACGUCAGUGACGUAAUUAUGGCAAUGGUAUCAACUUAAGCACAGACCAAUGAAGUACCCUGUGCACGCUGAGUAUUUGUUAACACAGACUUCAUCGACGUACUGCAUUGAAUUGCUAUCAGAUUUUAACUGAGUAUACGGAGUAUCGUGUGAAGUCUGCGGAUAUGACGUGAGAACCAUUACAUUGUAACAAAGUAUAACCAAAAUUGCCUAAAUGUAUUA